AUGGAUUCCAUAUCCAUCACAGCAACUUGCAUCGGCCUAGCCUCGACCAUCACCCGCACCUCUCUCGUCGUGAUCGGAUUCGUGAAGGAUGUCCGCGCAGCACGUAGCGACCUGGACGCCGUCUCUCGUGAACUCGUCUCCCUGAAGACUAUCCUCGAGCUCCUCGCAGACGAUGUCAAUGACUCCACCACUCAGUCGGUUCCGCAGACGUUGCAGAAGCAGAUCGCCGGCAUAGUCACCAAUUGUACCGGCGUCGUGGUGGAUAUUGAGCAGACGCUGGAGAAGCAUGAGGGGGGUAAGUUGAACAAGGCUGCGAAGUGGGUUGCGAGUGGUAAGAGGGAUGUUGCAAAGUUGCAAUUGAGUUUGGAGGCGCAUAAGUCGGCGCUGGAGAUUGCGUUGGACAUGGUGACUCUUACGUUGGCCCGAGAAAUCAAAGCUGACACUACAGAAAUCCUCAAUGACACGUCUGCGAUUAAAGAAGAUACAGCCCAGAUUCUGGCUGAGAUAGUUCGAUUGCAGGAGCAGUUGCCGCGAGACGGGAACCAGCGCAGUGCGGGGUUUAUGCUGGAUAGGUACCUCGAUAACCUUACGAGUUAUGCCGAGACGGUGUGCGACACAUACUUAGACGGAAGUGAUGGGUCGAGGCCAAUAUCUCGAGCAGGGAGCAGUGGUGAAGACGGGCCAGUCAAUGAAAAUGAGUCUGCUCUCCGAGUAAUCUCGCCUUCACUCUUAAAGCUAGAUUUAGAGAACUAUGACGAAGGGAAAGAGAGGGAGGCUGCCGUUGCCCGUUUAAAGGCACUCGAACCACGAGUCAAGUCUACUCGAACCGAGAUUGAAGCUUCUAAAGCCCGUGAAAGAGAAUUACAGCGCCAAUUGGAAGCCCUCGACGAUGAAAGGGAAAAAUAUGAUCCCUGUGCUAGUGCCCAAGCAACUCAUGAUUUAAAUGGCCAAACCAAGACGGACGGCACUCUCCAUCCCGCGUUUCAAUUGAGCUUUGGCAUAAUAGAGGCGCCCGCGUCGGCGAUUCCGUGUAUGGCGAUUCCGUGUACUGAGACCGUGGAAGAGUUCACUGAAGCCGAUUCUCAUGCCCCGAAUAAGUUUACCGAUUUCCUGCGAGAGCGUGAAAAGCAGCGGAAAAUAAACUGGGCUGAAGCGCUCAGAAAAGAUGAAAGCAUCUAG